CGCAUUUAUUGACGACAAGUACUGGCAAGUUUUCGAGACUAUCAAGAGAGGCACGACAUAAUUGUAUCAUUGACCAGAGCUCCAGCCUUUUUAAGCCUCGGCAACAAUUAUCUAGACCUUUAGUACUUUGGUCUGACUUCAGCUAGCAUCAAAUAUGGCCAACAGCUUUUUUGCGCUAUUUUCCAUCAUUCUGGUAUUUAUUGUGGUAAACGAAGUUAAGUCUGCUGGUGUCUGCAAUUUGGCAGAUCAUUUGAGGAACCAGACGAAAUGSAGUAUUAAUCCACCUCAAAACAUCUACGGAAAUGCCACUGUCAGCAAGUCCCUUGCAUGGACGUGGGGUAAUUCUGCUUCGAUUGAAGAGAAAAUAAACCAGCAGAUCAAUGCAGAACUUUACGCCCAUUACAACUAUCUGUCAAUGGCCRCUCAUUUCGAUCGAGAUGACAUCAUGCUCCCUGGAUUCGCAAAGUUUUUCAGGGAAUCAGCUGAAGAAGAGCACAAACACGCUCUGAUGUUUAUGGAAUACCUAAAUAGACGUGGAGGACGUGUUAAGCUAAACCCAAUUAUGGCACCGUGCAAUGACCAAUGGGGAAACGGGCGUAUGGCGAUGUCCGAAGCUCUGGAACUAGAGAAAGAGAUCAACCAACAUCUCAUUGAUCUUCACAGCGUCGCUUCAGGAAUCAACGAUUUUCAGAUGAUGGAUUUCAUUGAGUCAAACUUCCUCAAUGAGCAAAUCGAAUCCAUCAAGGAACUUGCUAACUACAUCAACACGCUGAACAGGAUUGGAGAUGGACUGGGCGAGUAUCAAUUCGACAAAAUAACGCUUGCCAAAUAAGGAAAUCACCACCGAAUGACGUCACAUACCAACCUGAAGCACAACCUUUUCGUAAAUGAGAGGAUGACGUCAAAAAUACUGGCCUGAAGUCAAAACGUCAUUUUAAAAAAUCGAUUAAUGCCAAUUAACGUAGUUUUUUUAAUAGCAUAUUGAGAUCCCUCGCAGGAUAUUCCCAGUGUUGCUGAAUUGAUGGUUUUCAACCAUUCCCAAGAGAAUUAAAUAACAAAAGACGCGGUGGCCAUGUUGGAGGAUAUAACAAAAGAAUUCAUUGACAAUUCCUUUGUUAAAGUCCUCCAACAUGGCCGACGUGAAAACCAUCAAUUCAGAAGACAGCAAUAAAUUUCUACUCAUGAGAAUUAAAAGUGAAUUGUUUUGUCUUCUGAAUUGAGCGGCUUUCAUGGGAAUUGUUACUAGGGGUCUAUAGCGGGAAUUAGAUAUUAGAAAACGCAGACACUUUGGGUCUAUUUGUUUGAAUUUGGUUUUUCUAGGGAUUUCCAGUUUUUUUUAUUGUUUAACUAAUAGUAUUUAGGCGGAACAAAUUUUGUAGAAGGGAAAGAUAAUUAGAAAAGACAGCUAAGGUUUCUUGAUAUUUAAACUUGAUGAUUGAAAUUGAAUAAAGACAAUGCUAAUUUGUUAAGCAAAAGGAAUGGACAGUGGAAAACAGAAGAGAAAGGAGAUAAGGUGUAUACAAGAGAAAGUUCUCUUGGUUCAUACUAUUACACCAUUCCAUUGGUCAAUAAAUGCAAUAAAAUGAUUGAAUGCGUCGAAA